CUCGAUUUAUCGAGUAUGCAUCAAAUGACGAAUGAGAAAUGCUGUCAUCACUAACAAUAAAUAAAAACAAAAGAAUUGAAAUAUACAGCGAUAUGAAGACGUCAUCACCAGCACUUAAAUACCUCUUGGAGAAGGAUGUGCAGGUGUCGAAGCAUUUCGUUGUAGCCGUCUCCAAUCUGAAAUUCUUCAAAUCUCUGCGGAUCCACAGUAGGUUUCUGGAAAUAUCAUGCGAUGGAAUAGCCUGGUUCGCCUCUUGGAUUGCGUUCAUCUGGUUGCUCAGUUCGAAGAGCUUGUAUCAAAUGCAAGUCAAUAUGCUCUUCGGCUUGAUACUCGAUGUGGUUGUUGUGGCUGUGCUGAAGGCGCUCGUUCGUCGAAGAAGACCGGUGGCCAGCAGGGAUAUGCUGACUAUUGGACCCGAUAAGUUUAGCUUUCCUUCGGGCCACGCCUCCCGGGCGUUCUUCGUGCUCCUGUUCUUCGCCAAGCUGUACCCGCUCCACAUAGUUUUCCUGCUACCGGUCACAGCCUGGGCUGUUAGCGUGGCCAUCUCACGGCUCAUCCUUCAGCGUCAUUAUGUUUUGGAUAUAUGCGCUGGAGCAGUCAUCGGCGUAUUGGAGGCAUUAGUCAUAGGGCUUCUGUGGGUCAGCGAGGAAACUGCAUUUAGCAUUGUGGGCUUUGUUACCGAGGAAACUGUGGACAGUAUGGAGUAACGCCAAGUUACGAUUGGAACACCGAAAGCAAUAGAUAAUCCCUAGAUCAUUAUAAAUGCUUUAACCAAAUACAUUGUUAAUGCUAAAGAA